AUACACAGAUUCAGUGACUUGUUUCUAAAGACAACUUCGCACCCUUCAAAACUUUCACACUCUCUCUCUCUCAAAACCAAGAAAUGGGUCAGGGAACUCCGGGCGGGUUGAACCGGCAAGGCCUACCGGGCGACCGAAAGCCCGACGGGAACGAUAAGAAGGAGAAGAAGUUCGAGCCGGCGGCUCCGCCGGCACGAGUCGGUCGAAAGCAGCGCAAGCAGAAGGGUCCGGAGGCUGCGGCUCGGCUUCCGACCGUGACGCCGCUGACCAAGUGCAAGCUUCGGCUGCUGAAGCUGGAUAGAAUCAAGGACUAUCUGCUUAUGGAGGAAGAGUUCGUGACGAACCAGGAGCGGCUCAAGCCGCAGGAAGAGAAAGCCGAGGAGGAUAGAUCUAAGGUCGACGAUCUCCGAGGCUCGCCGAUGAGCGUUGGGAAUCUGGAGGAGCUAAUUGACGAGAACCAUGCGAUUGUUUCGUCUUCGGUUGGGCCUGAGUACUAUGUUGGGAUUUUAUCCUUUGUAGAUAAGGACCAGCUCGAGCCUGGUUGUGCCAUUUUGAUGCAUAAUAAGGUGCUUUCUGUUGUCGGGCUUCUUCAAGAUGAAGUUGAUCCAAUGGUGUCUGUCAUGAAAGUUGAGAAAGCUCCACUGGAGUCUUAUGCUGACAUCGGUGGAUUAGAUGCCCAAAUACAGGAGAUUAAAGAAGCAGUUGAGCUCCCACUGACGCAUCCUGAACUAUAUGAAGACAUUGGUAUCAGGCCUCCUAAGGGAGUCAUAUUGUAUGGAGAGCCUGGAACUGGCAAGACCUUGCUUGCAAAGGCAGUGGCAAACUCAACAUCUGCAACUUUCUUACGUGUUGUUGGUAGUGAGUUGAUUCAGAAGUACUUGGGAGAUGGUCCAAAAUUAGUGAGGGAACUCUUUAGGGUUGCUGAUGACCUCUCACCCUCCAUUGUCUUCAUCGAUGAAAUUGAUGCUGUUGGUACAAAGAGGUAUGAUGCCCAUUCAGGUGGUGAACGUGAAAUUCAGAGGACCAUGUUGGAGUUACUGAACCAGUUAGAUGGUUUUGAUUCAAGAGGAGAUGUCAAGGUGAUAUUGGCAACAAAUAGAAUUGAGAGUCUUGACCCAGCCUUGCUUCGCCCUGGCCGAAUAGAUAGGAAGAUUGAAUUCCCUCUUCCUGAUAUCAAAACAAGGAGGCGCAUCUUCCAGAUUCACACAUCAAGGAUGACAUUGGCUGAUGAUGUCAACUUAGAAGAAUUUGUUAUGACUAAGGAUGAGUUCUCUGGGGCUGAUAUAAAGGCAAUAUGUACUGAAGCUGGUUUGCUUGCUUUAAGAGAGCGCCGUAUGAAGGUGACACAUAUAGACUUCAAGAAGGCAAAGGAAAAGGUGAUGUUCAAGAAGAAAGAAGGGGUUCCAGAAGGGCUAUAUAUGUGAUGAAAUCACCCCGCAUGUACUUUUGAAGACACAGCCGUUCUGUUUGUGUUCUGUAUUACAACUUAAAUUCUAUUUCAAGUUUCUUGUGUUUUGGUUGGAUUCAAUAUUAAGUAAUGAUUAGCAUCCUUAAUUGAAAGAUGGUGGUUGUAAUACUUCAACUAUAGAAUCAUGAGUGCCUUCCCUUAGGAAACCAACUAAGGAAACUCCGAUUAUUUACGUUUAUCCAUAUGCUUCAUUUCAAA